GUAUUUUUCCCCAACACUUUACUUGUGAGAAUUGCUUGAAAGUAGCAACUACGAUGAAGUGGCUUAUCGAAGCUUGCAUAUUUUUACCGUUGCUCUGCAGUGGCCAACCAACUAAAGACAUCGUAACUGAAGGAAAAGUCGGCGAUGACAUUGUCGAACGUGUUUUAGAUGUCCUUACAUCAUAUAAUAUAUCCUUUGAUAGGAAAUGUCUCCAGGAUUUAGCUUUUCUCCGAAGCAAUAAUGGUGUUCCAUAUAUAACUGGAAAAGGAGGUAUAUGGCGGGUUAACAGUUCUCAACUAACUGAUGCACAAACUGCCUGCCAGACAUCCUUGUUCAACCAAUGUAGAAUUAGCAAACUAUUGACUGGUGAAGAAGUUUCUUCAUUUGAUAUAGCUGAUCUUGAUAAACCCCUUUAUUCAGCUCUUGCAAUGAUCUUCUAUGUUUUAUCACUUGAUAAAUCUAUACCUAUUCAAGACUAUGAAAAAUAUUGUAAGCUACCCAUCAAACCAUUGAAAUUAUCUAAUCAAGAACUUACAGAUGAAACUACAGAAAGUGUCAUGAAUCCAUGUACAACAGAAAAUGUUGAAGCAGGAAGAUUCUAUUUCGCUCAUCCAGACCCUAGAAAGUACAUUAGAUGCACUGAAUGGGGUACAUUCUCCGUGAUGUUGUGUGCGCCGGGUACAAUAUGGUCACAGAGUGUCACUGAAUGUGUUAGAGAGAACAGCAACCCGCUAACUAACGAUAACACUGAAGCAACCAAAGACUCGGAGACGUCUACCUCAUGCACCAUUCUUAAAAAUAACCCAUGCACGAAAGAAAAUACUGACGCAGGUAAAUUCUAUUUUGCUCACCCAGAUCCUCAGAAAUUCAUUCAAUGUACGGAAUGGAGUUCAUAUUACGAAAUGCCAUGUCCUCUGGGCACAGUUUGGUCACAGAUUGCCUAUACAUGCAUUAGAAAAAGUGGAAACAAGAUGAAUGAAGAUAGCACAACAGUAACGUCUCAAGGCACACAAAUGAUCCUACCCACACUUCUUAACAACAACCCAUGCACUAAAGAAAAUAUUGGCGCUGGUAAAUUUUAUUUCAGUCACCCAGACCCAACAAAGUUCAUUCAAUGUACGGAAUGGGGUUCAUAUUAUGAAAUGCCAUGUGCGCCGGGCACAGUUUGGUCACCGAUUGCCUAUACAUGUAUUCAUAAUUUCAUAAAAUGUAACAGUAGAAAAGAAACUACCCCAGCACCCAGCAGAUCUUCCCUUCCAUUCUCUUCAACACUUAAAUGGGUAACCAGAGGUGAACUUUCGUAAAUACAAGUCAUUUAUCAUGAGAACAGUAUUAUUUUUAUACAAUCAUUCGAAUCAAUAAUUUAUUUUAUUUUUGUCUUUUUCACCUGUUUUGUGCUUUUCAUUCUUACUGAUCGCAUAUAUACAACUAAAUUACUGUUAUUACCAUUGUUAUGUACAUAACUAUUGUUAGCCAUUUGAGAACGCAAUUUCUAUUUGACCUAGAAAAUAUAUAAUGUAAACAUACAUUCCAAGCCUCUCUUAAACAGGCCUUGUACUAUAAUAAAGAAAAUCAAAUAAUAUAUAAUUACUGUCACUAAUAAACAACAUUUUUUGCAUUUAA